CACGUAUGCACACAUGUGUAUCCACUAGGAGGCGAAAUCAGAAACAUAACCGUUUAAAAAGUGAAGAGCUAUUGUCAACGCACACGGUCGUUUAAAGUUUUGCUGGAAACAAAGUCAUUUUAAUGAAAAUAUUGACGAAAAUAUGGAUACAAACGCAAUUUGUUUGUACUGUCACGAAACUGUGACCGAUGUAAGAUCAGCUAUUGACCUAAUAAAAGGAAAUGGAUACGACAUGAUAGUCACGUGCUUAAUCGUGUCUAAGGUGGAUCAUAUGACAAACACAUUAAGGGAAGGCACCAGUUUUUCUCGAAGUGAAUUAAUACUUGGCACAAAGCAGUGGAGCAAAAAUAUCGUUGCUAAAAUAAACGAAGAAUUUGACGCAGACUCCGUAAUUCCUGAGAUACGAAAGCACAGCGAAACCAUUCUGUCUCGCGAACUGAGUUACGCUGACCAUGUAAUUCCUUACGCCUUCAUGCUCAUGAAGGUGACUAGUUCGGCUACAACAAACUUAGCCCGACUGAUCAUUUCCAAAAUUACGAAAGGCCAAAUAUUGAUCGAAAUUCCCAUGGUGAAUCCAUCACGUCUAGUGGACGCGCUGUGUGACGAGAAAGAGGAAUUUGGGAUGGAAGAAAAUCAUGAAGACACAUGGCAUUGGUGGAACGAAUUACGCUCAACGGCUGAUUUUACGGAUAAAAUGUCGAUUGCAUUAGAAUUGUCAGCUGACAUUCCAUCGAAGUGGGAAAUGUUCCGAUGGCAAGGUGAGCCGAUUGGUUGCCUUAUUAUUCCGUCACAUUUAUUCAUCCGCAACCGCCAAAACUAUCCUGUACUAACAAAGGCCCAUCAAAAUUUAAUUUUGCGAUUCAAAGAGGUAAUAAACAACAUCGCACUUAUGGUCAAAUGUAACAUGGAGGAUGACAAUUUGAGAUUUUAUGCAACACAUCUGAGAGAGGUGCUAAAUUCAAGACCAACAGCCGAUCCGAUGUACGGUUCCGACGAUUUACUACAAGUUCCGUUGCAACCGUUAUAUGACAACCUUGAUGCUAACACAUACGAAAUUUUCGAAACCGAUCCGAUCAAAUACUUGUUCUAUCAAAAGGCCAUCGAAAGAGCAUUGGUGGAUCUGGUUGCCCAGAAAGAAAUCGAUACAAAAAUGAUUAUCAUAAUGGUCGUUGGUGCUGGUCGUGGACCGUUGGUGCGUUCGUCGUUAAAUGCUGCCGCCAAAACGGGACGAAAAAUCAAAAUUUACGCAAUCGAAAAAAAUCCUCAUGCCAUCAACACACUGCAGGCUUUGAUCGAUGAACUGUGGAAAGACAAGGACAUUGAACUAGUUGCAAAAGACAUGAGAAAAUUUCAUCCACCGGAAAAGGCCGAUAUUUUGGUGUCCGAAUUACUGGGUUCGUUUGGCGAUAACGAACUGUCCCCGGAAUGUUUAGACGGUGCACUACAGUUGCUGAAACCGACUGGUAUUAGUAUACCGAGCAAAUAUACGUCCUAUGUCAAUCCUGUGAUGUCAUUCAAAGCGCACAAUUUAAUUCGAUGUAACGAAAAAUCGAAUCCACGUGACCGAAUCAGCUCCCCACAACACAGAUCGGAGCGGAUGUAUGUGGCUUACUUGAAGAAUGUAUUUCACAUUGCGAAUCCGCAACCGCUGUUCGAAUUCAUUCAUCCCAAUUGGAGUGAAACUAUUGACAAUUCUCGGUUCGCUACCGUUUCAUUUGAGACUAAAAUUGAUUGUGUCUUAACUGGCUUCGCCGGAUAUUUCGAUACAGUUUUGUACAAGGACAUUGGACUCAGUAUACAUCCUGAAACGCACACUAAAGGGCUGUGGUCGUGGUUUCCGGUAUACUUUCCAUUAACGGAGCCAAUUCAGCUGAAAAGUGGGAAUCGCAUUGUGGCAAAUUUUUGGCGUUCAAUGGGUCAAAACAAAGUUUGGUAUGAAUGGUCUGUCAGCAAGCCAACGAUUACACACAUUCACAAUCUUCAGGGGAUGCACUACAAGAUUUACCUUUGAUUCACUUUUUAUGUGAUAAAAUAAGCCAAUUAAAUGGAAUUUGUUCUUUUGAAUUAAAAAUUUUAAGUUGUUGCUGAA